AUGGAUGGAAAUAAUAGUUUAUAUCAAGUUAAUUUAGUACUGGCUGCUGACAACGAUCCAGAACUGUCGAGAAUUACUGAUUACAUUCGGCAACGACAAGAGAGUAAUCCAAACACUGAAGGAUGGUACAGAUUAGGUAUGAUACUACAGGAAAUGGGUCAAUUUGGCACAGCUGAAGAUAUUUAUCAAAUUUUACUUAAUCAAACAAACGAUGAUAAAAACAAGGCGCCUAUUUAUGGUCAACUUGGUUUAAUUAAAUAUAAACAAGGAGAAUAUCAAGAAGCACUUACAUUCUAUCAAAAAUACCUUGAUGUUCAACAACAAUCACUUUCCCCGAAUGAUCCUGAAUUGGCUUCUUCCUACGACAAAAUUGGUUUAGUGCAUCAUAGCAUGAGUAAUUAUCCAAAAGCACUUAAUUAUUAUGAAACAACUCUCGAAAUUCAACGACAAUCACUUCCUCUCAAUCAUCCUGAUUUAGCUUCUUCCUAUAACAACAUCGGUUUAGUGUAUUACUAUAUGCAUGAUUAUCUGAAAGCACUUUUUUAUUAUGAAAAAAAUCUUGAAAUCAAACAACAAUCACUUGCACCCAAUCAUCCUAAUUUGGCGAUGUCCUACAACAACAUUGGUUUGAUGCAUUACCAUAUGCGUGAUCAUCUGAAAGCACUUUCUUAUUAUGAAAAAGUCCUUGAAAUUCAGCGACAAUCACUUCCUCUCAAUCAUCCUGAUUUGGCUACGACCUCCAACAACAUUGGUUUAGUGCACUACUACAUGCAUAAUUAUCUAAAAGCACUUUCAUCGCAUGAGAAAGCUCUUGAAAUCAGACAACAAUCACUUCCUCCCUCUCAUCCUGAUUUGGCUACGUCCUCCAACAAUAUUGGUUUGGUAUUUGAAAAAAAGGGUAAUUACGCAGAAGCCCGUACAUUUUAUGAACAUGCUAUACAAAUCGGACAACAAUCAUUACCUUCAAAUAAUCCUCAUCUUCAAGGAUAUAGAAAAAAUCUCGAACGUGUAAAAAACAAAUAA